UCAUUUUCCGUUUUUUUGAUAGAAUUGAAUCCCAUUGGACUUCCGAUAGACCGGCCGCGAUGAAAAUUUCUUUGAUUUUUAUUGCUUUCAUUGCGAUUUGUUCCAGCACAACUGUCUAUAAAGUUAGGAAGGUGAUUCGGAGAGCAGAAGCCCGCCACUCCGCCGCCGAUGAUGACCUGGACAUGGCUGCUGCUGAGCUGGUGUUCAAAGAGCAAAGUUCACUGAAUUCUGGGGCUGACAGAAUUGAGGGACCUCCAAGAAAGCUCCCGUUCGGCACAGAGCAUGCAGCUGAGAAGGCUUCUGAGCAUACUGGUGCUCCAUCCGCUGAGCCAACCUUCUCAGACCUCCAAAAAACACAAUUGGAAGACAUCAAAAAUGACGAAAAUGCUCUAGCACUGAAAAGUAGUAUGGUAGGCAAGGGAACUGAAGAGUCCGAUGCUCCAUUUGCUCAUGGAGUUAAUGAUGGGGAGACCUCCAAGGUUCUGGCGUGGCAGAGACCCCUAGCCUCGCACGGCCGCCAAGUCGCCUAUGACUUCCACGUGAACCCCGAGUACCCUCAAUUUGCUCCGAGAGCCCAUGGCUUGGUAGGAAUUCCGGAUGGCUGGAAUCUUGAUAGAACGAUCGAUGAGGAGUUCAAGUCUGGUUUUCGCAAUGUGAAUUUCAGACGGCGUCGGCAUUGAUUUAAAUUCCAGUUUUCUCCCCAAUUACCUUUCAAAUUCAAGGAUUUUUUUGAUACUCAAGUUUAUAAAAUGAAUAAAAAUGUUUAUGAAUAAAAUAUUUCACGACGA